AUGUAUUCGAAGGCAGUAGUUGUGUUUUGCGUUUGCGCCUGCGCCUUGGCCGCGGCGGGACCACGCGUUAAUCGAGUAGAACCUUUAACGAAACCUUGUUUCAGUAAAUGUCCAGAACUGAAUGUAAGAGCGUUCAAAGAUCCCACCCCAGUGGUGAGUCCAAGAGACGACCUGACAAAGCCAAUAAACGAACGGUACCCAUCGGCUGUGCUUUUCGGCAGAACGUGUGGUGGGACCAUUAUUGGUGACAAAUGGAUUCUCUCUGCAGCGCAUUGCUCUCUAUUUACAUCUGGCAGAGACAUAUUAGCCGGUACAAAUAACACAGAAGAUGGUACGGGAAUAAGAAGAAGGGUCAAGAAAUUAUACGUCCAUCCACGUUUCUCCGUUGGACCCUACUGGCUCAACGCUGAUAGCUACGGAAUUAAACAGGUAGCGGCUCGAUGGGACUUCUUGCUGGCGGAAUUAGAAGAGCCCCUCGAAUUAGACGGAAAGAUUUUGGCAGCAGCUCCUAUCGAUGACAUCGCAGAGCACCAAGGCGGCGAAACUGUUGGCUUUGCUGGUUUUGGAGCUGAACAACACGGGGACGUGAUGAGACCAGAUGAACAUGCUAUGGACUUAGAAGUUCUUCCAAACUCAAGCUGUUCCAAGUUAAUCGAAUUCGAUCCCCAAGACAUGCUGUGUGCAACCGGCAGACCUCCGAGAUAUGACACAGCUUGCAAUGGUGAUAGUGGAAGCGGUCUCAUCAGCGAUUCUGGAAGCGUGAUUGGAGUCGCUUCGUGGGUGGAGAACGACGCUUUCGAAUGCAAAAACGGUGCCAUCAUUUACUUCUCAAGAGUGUCCGCAGCGAGAGACUGGAUCAAACAAAUUACGGGCAUUUAG